UCCUGACUUAGGAGAAGGAGAAGUUAAUCUCAAUUUAUUUUUAAAGUUAUUAGUUUAAAAAAAGGAAUUUCUAACUCUAAAUCGUUAAAUCGUUUAAAUAUAGAUUGAUCAUUCUUUAAUGCAGCAUUAUUCUUAUAAAUAUAUGUGUCAAGGAAAUUUUACUUCACCUGUGAAAAAAGAAAAUUUAAAGAAAUGUUUGGAAAUAGGUUACGGAAGUGGAAUUUGGAUGAUGGAAAUGGCAUCUGAAUACCCCAAUUGCAACUUUUAUGGUAUCGAUAUACAACCAAAAACCCCUGAUUCUACUUUUCCCAAUAAUUGUGAAUUUAUAAAGGAUAAUGUAAAAAAAGGAAUUCCGUUUCCUGAUGAAACAUUCGAUUUCGUAUAUCUGAGAAUGACUAUGAUUUACAUUGAAUCCAACAAAUGGAAACCAGUUAUUUCAGAAAUCUUUCGAGUUUUGAAAAAAGGUGGAUGGGUCGAAUUUUUGGAAACUGAUAUGACUUUUAAAUCUUCAGGAAAAAUUUUGAAGUCAAUAAUGAAAUUCUGGAUUGACAUGUUUGAAGCAAAAAAAAUUGACCCUAAACUUACAAGGCAACUUGGAACAAUACUUUCAGAAACUGGAUUCAUUAAUGUAUUAAAUAAAAAGUAUUCUCUUCCAAUAGGGAGUUGGGCUGGGACGUUGGGAAAAAUUCGAAGUCAAUCCUUGGAUAUUUGGUUAUAUGUAACGGCUGAUAUCAGCUAUAAAAACUUAGGAUUUGAUACUAAAGAAGAAUAUUUGAAACAUAUUGAAAAUCUUGAAACUGAAUAUUCUGAGUUUAAACCUUAUGGUGAUCAAUAUAUCGCUUAUGGACAGAAACCAUUAAAUUAACCCCAUUAUGUUAUUAUUAUUUAUUAUUAUAAAUUGAAUAAAAAUUUAUUCUUAUUGUGAGAAAUUUAGUUUAUGUUACGCGUGUAUACUAUGUGUUAUUCAUUCAUUUUAUUUGAUCGACAAAAUAU